AUGAGUGCAGCUUUCCAGCCCUCCCUCAUGAUGAUGCAGCGCCCCUUGGGAAGCAGCACGGCCUUCAGCAUAGACUCCCUCAUCGGCAGCCCUCCCCAGCCCAGCCCGGGCCACUUCGUCUACACCGGCUACCCCAUGUUCAUGCCCUACCGGCCGGUGGUCUUGCCGCCGCCGCCCCCACCCCCUCCGACCCUCCCGCAAGCCUCGCUGCAGCCGGCCCUGCCGCCCUCUCACCCCCACCACCAAAUCCCCAGCCUGCCCACCGGCUUCUGCUCCAGCCUGGCCCAAGGGAUGGCUCUCACCUCCACGCUCAUGGCCACGCUGCCCAGCAGCUUCUCCGCUUCCCCGCAGCACCAGGAGGCGGCCCGGAAGUUUGCCCCCCAAGCUCUCCAGGGCAACUUCGACAAAGGCGAAGGGAUCCAGCAGGAGACCGAAGAGGGGAAAUCCUUCCUGAGCAAGGAGAGCUCCCUGCUGUCAUUCGCCGCCGCAGAAGCCGUGCAGGCUUCCCUGGUAGGGGCUGUCCGGGGUCAGGCCAAAGAUGAUUCCAAAGCGGAAGACGACUCUAAAGGCAAAGAGGAAAGUUUCUCGAUGGACAGCGAUCUAGAUUAUAGCUCUGAUGACAAUAUCACAAGCCAAGCCGCUCAUAAAGAAGAGGACUCUGGCAACGCACUAGAAGAAAACACCCAGAGCACAAAUAACUCAAACACCACCACAUCCACUGGCAAAAACAGGCGGAGGAGAACAGCCUUUACCAGCGAGCAGCUGCUAGAGUUGGAAAAGGAAUUUCAUUGCAAAAAGUACCUGUCUCUGACAGAGAGAUCCCAGAUCGCUCAUGCCCUCAAACUCAGUGAAGUGCAGGUCAAAAUCUGGUUCCAGAACAGAAGAGCCAAGUGGAAAAGGGUGAAAGCCGGCAAUGCCAACUCGAAGACAGGAGAACCCUCCAGAAACCCCAAGAUCGUGGUACCCAUCCCAGUCCAUGUCAGCAGAUUUGCCAUCAGAAGUCAGCACCAGCAGCUGGAACAAGCCAGACCCUGA